AUGAUAGACGAUUCAAUCGAUGACAUUGAUUUAUAAGCUUAAAACAUUGAUUUAUUUAGAAAUUAGUUGAUUGUAAAAGGAAUGUAUGAUCACUACUUUGAAAAGGAGAAGUAUCUAUUAAAAUAGUAUUAAAUACUAGAUUACCUUUAAGAAAUGUUAGUACCAAAAUACAUAAAUUAGUCUCACAACUUUAUGAGCUUGAUGAUAAACUUUAAUAGAGAGAGAUUCAAUAAUAAUCAAAACCAUGAUAAAGAAACCCAAUUCAUCACUAUAUUUACUUAUAGCUUAAGAUUUUAUUGCAACUAAAUAUAUGAAUUAGAGUAUCUUUAUAAGCUAAUUUCUGCGUCCGAUAGAUUAGGAUUGUCUAUUUUAGUUAAAUACUUCAAAAUUAGAAAGCUUAUCUUUUCAUAUAUUUAUGAUCAUAGAAACACUAUCAUUUUUUUGGACUAAUAUAAUUUGUAGUUUGAGGAAUGGUCGGGAAUAAUAUGCAGAAUAUUUGGGCCUGAAUAAAUUACUUAAAUAGGGAACUAGAUAAGAAAAUUAAAUUAAGAAUAAAAUAAGGCUGACAAAAUUUGGAAAAAUGGUAUUAAUUCAUUAGAAUUUAUUAAAAUAUGCAUGAAAUAUUCUCGCAAAUAUCCAGUUAAAAGCAAAACUUCUUCCUCUUUCUCACCAAUUAGGAAUGCUGUAAAUAAAAGUGAAAAACAAAUCUUAUAAAGCUUUUAUUAGCAUUAAGAAACUUAAAACUAAAAAUUUAAUAACCCAAUACCUAAUGAAAAAGUUUUUAGCAGCAACAACAAAAAUAGCUUUAUUUUUAAUGCUAAUAAUAGUUUUAGCAACAAAAAAGAAUAAAUUAGUAACUCCUCUGUCAGUAAAUCUCCUUAGAAAUCUUAAUAAAAUAAAAAGAAUAACUCCUCUGUGGUACAUAAUUUGCCUUCUAAAAGUGAAGCAAGCUUACCCAAAUCUAACAAAGCAGAUAUAAUGAAUCAAACUCCUAGGCUAUUUUAUAAGCCUCAAUAAAAUAAAAUUGAGAAACCCCAGAAAACCGAGCAAAGUACUAAGCAACCAUAGUUUGUUACUAAAGAUGGAGUGGUUAUAAAUCAAGAACUUGCUAUUAAAUAUGAAGAAUUAGAAAAGUUUACAAAGAAAUUAUAGUUUACUAUUAGCUAAUAUAUAGCAAAUCAAAAAAAAGUAAGUCCACAGAAUGAAGAAGAAUUAAGCAAACUUUCUAAGUAGCUAAACUUUGAUAAAUAUGUAGAGAAUCCUUACAUGCUUUUAUAAUAAUCAGUAAAUGUGCCUUAGUCAAUCUAAAAAGACUAUGCUAUGAAACAAAACGAGAAUUCGAGAUAUUGA